UUCUUGCCUCUCUUUCACACAGCCACAAAGCGUGUGCUCUCCUCUCUAUAAAUGUCAGCUCACACGCUUCUCUUCCCAAAUCACAGCUUGCAUCUGUUUGUCUCCCAUCUCUCGUUGCCUCCUCCAUCUUUCCAUUAGUGCCAAGGAAGAGGAAGACAGGAGAUGGCAGACUGCAACGGCAACUCAUCGGCCUCGUCGAAUAUGGGAGAAGAGGCUUCCAUUGAGAAGAAGUAUGGAGGAAUUGCACCCAAGAAGCCUCUGAUUUCAAAGGAUCAUGAGCGCUCCUAUUUUGAUUCUGCGGACUGGGUCCUUGGCAAGCAAGCUGCAAACAGCAGCAGUGCACGGGCUGCUAUCGAAUCCUUGAAGCCAAAGUUAAAGAGGACGCCUCAUCACCAGCUUCCCCCUCGCAAGCCGACCUGCGCGUCCAGCUGAGAUGUCACCAGUCAUUCUUGUGUGAUCAUGCAGGGCUUAGGCUUACUGCGAGAUGCUCAAGUGCUCAGAAGAGAUGGAGCUUGUUGGGAUUAGUUAUUUAGUUGGUUGCAUUUGUUAGGGGGAAAACAGGAUUAAGCCCUGCAUUUGGCUUCUUGGCACUUGCGGUAUAAGCAGCUCGUCAGAAUAGGCUAGAUAUUGCCAUAUGAUCAUUGCUUUCAAAUCAAGUUAGAUGUCAUCUGGUCUAAUGUAUUUUGGGUCUGCAGAUGAAUGUACCCUCUCUACUUGGGUUCUCCAUAUAUUCACCAGAAGAUUGAAAAUCCCAAUUUGGGAUGAAAAAUAUCGAUUCUUUUGAGCAGAAAGAGAUGCUGCAUAUGUUUCGAU